AUGAAGAAAGGAACUACGAGCUCGGCAAAGUUAAAAACACCCAGGUACACGAAAAAAAGUUGAUUAAUUUGAUUAAUAGAGGAAAAAUAAUUUUUUUAUAAAGUUUUAGCGUAAGAAAGUUUGAAAAAAUAUUUUCUUUGAGCUGUUUGCGGAUAUUUCUUUGCUUACAAUUAAACAUUUUCUCAAAAACUUUUCUUUGCAUCAGUCCAAAAAAAGCGGAAAUCUGUGAGAAUUGUUUUCCGAUGAUUGUUUCAAAUAUCAUCCUUUUCCGAUCUUUUCCGAACUGAAAAAAACAAUUAGAAAAAAACUAUCAAACAUUUUUUUUUGAAAAAUUAUUAUCUGAUAACUAAAAUAGGUUAUAAUUAUUCUAGUCCAGUUUUUUUCAGAGAAAGUUACACUCGCGAAGAUCCCGCCUCAGAACAAUUCAACAUCGAACCCGUCUUCGCGCAAAACUUCCUCUAUCCACACCGGUGCUCUGCAGGAAAACUUGCAAAACGUCCAUUGUUUCCUUAUCAUUUUAUUUUCUCAGUUGAAAAAAGCAAACUCCCAAUUUCAGAUAGUACUUAUCGAUGAGAAAAAAUUAAAGAACAUCCCCGCGCCGGCCCCACUGAUUCCGCUCCGAAAUAUGUUAGUUUCUAAGUCUUUUUUGCCUAGAGAAUUCAUCUUUUGUCCAGAAAACCGCCGAAGAACGUUCCCUUGGCAGAUCCUCCCCGCGAUCCUAACGACGGCACGUUGAAGUUGGUUUUUUUUGUCGGUUUUGGCGCCGUUGAGAGUUGAACCGGCGACUUUUCUCGUUUAGAUCAACUUUCUAACCGACUGAGCUAGGAAGGAACGCUUUGAAGCUGUUCCUAAGGAAACGUAACUCAGAAACACAAAUAUGCAAAAUAAAGAGAGAGAGAGAGAUGUUGGAGUUGUUUCAUGGGCUUAUAAAGAUUUUAUCAUGUUUUGGCUGAUCACGGGUUUUUUUACUCAAAAAAGCCCAUUUUUCCGAAUUAUUUCUACUCGUAUUUUUUGUAAAUUUUGUAAGCCGAAACCUCCUCCAAAUCGAAUUGAAAUCUGUACUCACUGUUCAAGAGUUUUUUUAAAUCUGAAAUAAAACGUUUUCUCUGAUGGAUCUGACGACGUUGAUUUCAGUGACGUUGACUCGAUUCCGGAGAACCCGACAAUAGUUAAGACGAGGACAGAGAAGGUGGUCAAGCCGCCAACGCCGAAGGCCAAACCCACUCCGGAAGAGUUGGAACGCGAAAUGUACUUCGAGACGGGUACCUCUACCUACACGGCCAUCAGCGCUCCUCUCAGCACCCGGCUUCCGUGUCCGCCGACCCUGCUUUCUCCGCCAAAAUGA